UUUAAAAAUAAUUUUCUUUAAUAAGUAAUCUAAUAUUACACAGUGAAAACCCACUGAGUUGAAAAUGUGAAGCAGAUCUAGAAAACUGCCAGGGGGUAGCUCUCAAACGGUAUCUUCUUAGAUUAGGAACAUUCCCCCAAAGUCUUCCUUGCAAACCAUUAUUUUGUCUUUCAUCUUCAGGCUGUUAUAAUCUGUCUAAAAAACGAAGAAUAUGAACAAGCCAGUGAGAUCUUGAAUAAACACAUGACAAAGGACCCAAGUUCCCAGAAAAUGAGGUCAGUGUUGCAGAGCAUCAUCCGAGAAAAAAACUUCACUCAUCCAGCCAUCUGGAACUUCUCCAUUAAAGUUUUCCAGCAGAUAAUACUUCGGUAUUUAGAAAGCUGCUUGAGUGACUCUGAGCCCUUUCUCUUACAGAUGGCAAAGAAGGAUUUGGACGAUCAGAUAGGGACCAGGCUCAAUCCUUUGGAAAUGGCCAUCAAGGAGGAAAUGGUGAAAGAAACCUCAGAGUUGGCAACAGCAGAUAAACCUGAAUCUGUGGGAAGAUCUGAUGCAACUUCGGAAGAGCCCAGGCCUGAGGGAGGGCCUAGCAAUACAGUGGAAGAACAGCCAAAGUCUCUGGAGGGAGGCUGUGAGACAGUUGCAAAGGGAGCUGUUUUGGAACUUGCUAAAGUGGUUGAUGAGUGCCAGGCAGCUUCAAAGCCAGAAGAAGAAACCAGUGGAGCUGCAGAGCCUGCUGUGGUUGCUGUUGCCACUGUCUCAGCAGCAGCAAUGACUGACAGGUGCUCGCUUAAGAGGAUGGUCUCGGAUAGGUUUUCUACUCUGAGAGAAGCUUGCAAGAUCCUCUCCAAUUCCCCAGAUGCAGAUGAAGAGUUUUCAAAACUGGACAAGUUGGACAGGACUUUUCCCAAGCCAUGUUUGGCUUCUGAUUUCCAUGCAGCCAUGUGUCAAUGGGAGGAGGAGAAUCAUGCUGCCUCCAGGCCACACCCCAGUGAAUUCUCAGUGUCCAUAAGCACACUGGUUAUGGGGUCAGAGCUGGAACCCCCCCAACUUCCUACCAAGUUUAUCCAAGAGGCCUAUGGCAACUUUGGUUGUUGGGCCUGCACAGCCCCAAAUACCCACCCAGCCUGAUGAUACCUCCCAAUAUCCUAGAUCAGCUAAGAGGAGACUAAUUUGUUCAAAGCAGAAUGAAGAAAAGGAUGUCUUGAGUGAUGAGGAUGAACUCUUUCGCCUGGACUCAAAGGAAGGCAGCAGCAGCAGCAACAUAAGAAGAAGCACUUCUAGAAGAAGGACCUGGACUUCAGAGGAGUCUCAGUGGAUUAAGGAAGGUGUUAAGAAGUUUGGGGAAGGGAGGUGGAAAGCCAUUUCCCAGGUAUUCCCCUUUAAGAACCGGACUCCUGUGGCGAUCAAGGACCGAUGGCGGACGAUGAAGAAGCAGACCUCUUGUGAACUUGGGGAAUGAUGACCUGGAGGCAAGCGGCUGUGGACAUAGGGUGGGCCAGAGGUACUUUUGCAGUUUAUUGCAUUGGGCCAGCGGGCUGAUAUCUCUUAGCAUCCCUGGAGGCUUCUCCCUCCAUAUUUUUAUUAGUUUUCAGUACUGAAAAUACAGAUUCAACCAACAGAACUUGAAUAAGAGAUUACCGGUAUAUUCUAUCAACAAACAGGAUAACAUCAUCUUAUAUUCUCAGGAUAGGCAAACCUCCUUAUUUACUUAUGGAAUCAAGUUACUUCAAUUAGUAUUAAUAACAUACUGUAUAAAAUCCCACCACACUGCACCAAAAUCCAAAGGUUAUGCCUCACCUUGAGUUAAUUUAAAACUAAAUGUGAUUUAUCUCAGCCUAGUGUUAGUAGAACAGCUAUUCUGGAUCAACUCCUAUGUAUCAGCGACUGAUUCUUCUUGCCAGAUGGAUAAAUAAAGUUGACAAAUAUAAAGUGUGAGUAGGUCUCUGUAUUUCUUAAAAAAUGAGUUGCCAUUGGGUCAAGGGCUCUUAUUAUAUAGUACUUCAGUUUGUUAAUAUCUUGAUCAAUUUCUUCUGCAGAAUGUU